AUGUCUCUGUUGAACCUCGAAGCAAAAUUCCCACUGACGGAACAUCCUGCGCAGGGUGUUUACCUAUUGGCCUUCAGCUCCCUUGUCCUUUACACGAUCGGCUACGUCGUAUACCAAAUCUGGUUCCAUCCCCUCGCAAAGUUUCCUGGGCCAUUCUGGGGCAAGCUGACGGAAUGGAAUACCAUCUUGGCCUCAGUCCGUGGCGAGUCAACUCGCACCCGUCAUGCCUGGUCGACCAAAUACGGCGACGUCGUUCGCAUUGGACCCAAUGAGCUCCUGUUCGGCGACAUUGCAUCCGUCAAAGAUAUUUACGGACAAUCGUCGAAUCCUUGCCUCAAAGACCCGGGCUUUUACGGUGCCUUUACCGUGACAGGUGCGACAAAUGUCUUCAACGCUCUGGAUCGUGAGGACCACGCCCGCAUUCGACGUCUCUUGUCUCAUGCCUUUGCCAUGAGCGAGAUCAAAAAGACACAGAGUAGAUUGAUUCCAAUCAUGGAGCGAGCUCUCGAAAUCAUCGAAUCGUCUCCUCAACCGGUCAACGUGUACAACCCCUUCAAUCAUAUGUUCCUGGACAUUAUCAGUGAAUUGGCCUUCGACAAGUGUUUCAACAACCUCCAAGGCGAGUACAUACAGGAGGCCAAGGACGCGGACGCAGUGCAGAACAUCUCGGCGUUGAGGGGCAUGUUUCCAUUUGUCGAGUGGCUGCCAACGACAUACGUGCAGGAGGCGGUCAAGGCCCGACCGCGUCUGAUCCAGUUCGCACGAUCGCGCAUCCAGGACUUCCGGGCCCGCUUGGAGGUUGGCGCCGUCAAGGAGGGCUCGCUCCUCAAGCGGGUCGUCGAAACCACGGACGAGAAGAUCACUAAACCUCUGACCGAUCUCGAACUCAUGGAGAAUGCCAUCCUCUUCAUUCAAGCCGGGAGCGAAACGUCGCUCAGCACCCUUUUGUACCUGCUCUACGAAGUCGACACCCAUCCGGACAUCAAAGCCCGGCUUGUCAAAGAAAUCCGCGACGCGGUACCCAACAAACACGCCUUUCCACUCUUCGAGACGGUGGAGCAGCUGCCUCUGCUAAAUAACGUCCUGGAAGAAACCCUACGACUUCGGGGCCCCAUCCCCGUGAACCUGCCGCGAAUAUCUCCCGGCAAGGUCAUCGGCAACACCUACGUGCCCGCGGGCACACGAGUCUGCAACCUGGCGUACACGACACACCGCAACGAAGGCAUCUUCCCGGACGCCGAAUCAUUUGUGCCUGAUCGGUGGAGUAAUGCCACUCCCGAGAUGAAGCUCGCCUUCCGGCCCUUCAGUACUGGUCCACGCAACUGUAUUGGCCUCCACCUUGCCCGCCUGCAGCUAUUACUGGUCGUCUCGGCCUUGUAUGCGCGAUACGACAUACAACUGGACGAGUCCACGACCCCAGACUUGAUGGUUUCUAACGACCGCGGAAUCAUGAGUCCGCAUGCCAAAACGGUCAAAUUUCACGUCAAGCGGAGGACAGACAUCUAG